AUGGGUCAGCUCUAUGAUGCCUCGAGCGGCUUGAAUGUCCCCUUUCCACAGCGUCCAAUCAUAAUCCUGGGAGCUGGAAUUAUUGGUUGCGCCACGGCGCGACUGCUCUUGCAGAAUGGGUUCCGAGUGGUGUUGGUGGCAGAGUAUCUACCUGGCGAUCAAAGCAUCUGGUAUGCAUCCGCCUGGGCGGGCGCGGCGUGGCAUGCAGCUGGGGGCAUCAACCCGGAAUAUCGAUACAUCCAAGCCGUCACCCACCGCCACCUGCUGAAAAUGGCGCACGAGGAACCCGAAUCAGGCGUCUGUAUUGUCGAUGCUUAUGAGUAUCUUGAACAACCCCCCUCUGAGAACUCUUCAGCAUGGGGAAAGACCGUUCUCUCCGAGUGGCGUGAUCUGCAACAAGGAGAAUAUCCUUCCGAAUUCAGCUGCGGAUGGCGCUAUGAGACUCUGGUGACUGAUCCGACAAUCCACAUGCCGUAUUUGGGUAAAAAAAUCACCGAGCUGGGCGGCCACUUUAUUCGCAAGCGCGUUGAGUCCCUCGAAGAACUGUAUCAUAUGUUUCCCGAGUCCAGCAUUUUCAUCAAUGCCAGUGGGAUCGGAAGUCAGACCCUCAAGGAUGUUCAGGACGAUCGCUGCUUUCCCGAACGAGGCCAGAACGUCUUUUACAAGACGGAAAAGUGCCAGACCAUGUACUUCAGGAACGGACAAGAAUAUACCUAUGUGAUUCCCCGCCCGAUGUCCCACGGAGUAGUUCUCGGCGGCGUGAAGCAAGCGGACAAUCUUUCGCCAGAUGUUGAUCUGGAAAUCGCUCGCGAUGAGAUUGCACGCGCACAUCGGCUGGCGCCAGACAUUGUGCCGGAGACUCCGGCUGAGGAGGCACUGAGUUACAUCGUUGGGAUCCGUCCAUCACGACGAGGAGGCUUCCGCUUGGAUUCUGAGCGGCAUGGCAGUCGAGUUGUGCUGUCAGCUUAUGGCUUCGCAGGGGGCGGGUAUGCCUUUUCAUACGGGGUGGCUGAUGCACUGGUUAAGAUGGUAGCCACGGCCGAGAAGGAUAAUGUCUUGCUUGGAUGA